AUGGAUUCUAAACUUAAAUCUAUCGGCUACCGGCUAGAGGCUGCACUAAGUCAAUAUUUGGACACUAGUCUCGCUGUACGAAGAGAAUGUAUCAACCAAACGACUGCAGGACCCGUCCUUCAGAAUCUGCGGCUUACUGGCCAGCUUGAUGAGGCGGUCCUGCUUGAACAAAAGAUCCAACGGGCCAGGGUAGCUAUCAGCUUUGCAAGGAACGCCUCGCCCAGCAUCGUCCCUAUCCAUCGUCUUCCCCAGACCUUCUUGCCAAAAUUUUUCUUCUCUUUCCUACUACUGAGUCAUGCAUAUUGGAUUCUGGCAUCAGAACAGUGCCUCGGGAGUAUCCAAUUUGUUCUACCCCAGCUAUGGAUACACAUCGACAUCACAGCAACGCUCUUAAAAAACUCUAGUUCGUUAUCUCGCAUAGAGACAUUUUUGUCGAGAUCUGGGAAAUCGCAACUGGAGCUCCACGUCCAAUACGCAUAUGAAGAUCAUGCCCAUGACCGUAAGAUUGACCCUUCUCUAGAGAAGGCUGUUGCUCCUCUGAUUCCCCGCAUUCGGCGGCUAAGAUGUGACAUCCCCUUCCUAUCCUAUGAUACCGAUCCCGUCGAUUCAAUUUCCAGAAAAGAAUUUAGUUUAUCGGUACUUUCCCAAUUUCUCAAUACGAAAGCCACACCUGGGACUCUGGAUGCGUUGGAAAUAUGGCUCACAGGCACAAUAAAUAUAUUCAGCAUCUACACGAAUGAACAGUUACACAGGGAAGAUGCUCUACGUCUGGACAUGCCUGCUCAGCACCUAGAAGAUUUAUUAUUUCCGGUCACCACUCUGCGACUAACUCGUUGUUUUCCCGACUGGACGAGCAAAGCAUUUCACAACCUCAACGAGCUUCGUCUUUGCGCCUUCCACGACAAUGCUCCUCUACAUGAAUCACAAUUAUUGGUUAUUCUAGCGAGUAGCCCCCAGCUACGUGUGCUUGAGCUUCAAAUUGAGUUGAGCCUCUUGGACAUUGCAGUUCCGCCUGUAGCACUUCAUAGCCUAGAAACCCUUAUCACCCACGCCCGAUCAUUCUUAGAACUCGGGAGACUUUUGCGAUUGCUGGACACCGGUUCAAGCCCCAUAUUCAUGACCAUCUACUCCCCUUUUAAUUGGUACGAACAGCCAGACGAGAACAUUGUACAUUUCUUUUCUCGCUCGAAUGUGACUAGACUUUGUGCGGAGGAAUUCAACAAUUUUUAUAAACCAUUUGAACUCGUCAAUCUCUCACCUACAGUCAAGAAAUUGCCAUUACCCCACCAACCAACGACUCCUGGGAGUUUUACGGCGAUUAUCGAUUACCUAUUCAAGUUUGCCUGGAUACAUUGUACUAUUACACGAUAG